UUUGCGCACAGUGGUCGUGAGUGAAUAGGACUCUUAUCUGGUAACGUUAUUCUUGUUAUAUGAAUGUAGGUGAAGCGGCUGCUUUGCUCCAACGGGACCUGUUUCUGUAUGCUUUUAAGCUAAUGGUCUGGAUUUUACCAAUAAAUGUUUACCAAUGAUGCACUACUCAAACUGGCUCAUUGACGUGAAAAACAGGGCAAGCCUUCGAAAUGAGUACAAAUCACCACCUAACACCGACUGGAUUAAGAGGGGGAAUAUUGCGGACAUGCAGAACAACAACCCGCAUCUUAACGAAAAAGCAUCCGAACUAGCAGCUGCCAUUCAUCUCUUGAAAAAAGGCUACAAAAUAAUCAAGAAAAUUGGGGAAGGCACAUUUUCAGAGGUCCUGAAAACUCAGAGCUUAAAAGAUGGGAAGUUUUAUGCAUGUAAAACCAUGAAGCAGACAAUAAACAGUCUGGAGCAGGCCAACAAUCUGCGGGAAGUCCAGGCAAUGAAGAGACUGAGCCCUCAUGCAAAUAUUGUCCAGCUACAUGAACUGAUUUUUGACAAGGAAACUGGAAGGGUAUCUUUGAUAUGUGAGCUGAUGGAAAUGAAUAUCUAUGAGUAUAUACAAGGAAGAAAAACACCUCUGCCCGAACAUACAGUAAAGCACUACAUGUACCAGCUCUGCAAGUCGCUUGAACACAUGCACAGCUGUGGGAUCUUUCACAGAGAUGUAAAACCAGAAAACAUUCUUAUAAAGCAAAACAUUUUGAAGCUUGGCGAUUUUGGCUCGUGUCGGAGUGUGUACUCGAAGCCCCCACACACAGAGUACAUCUCCACACGCUGGUACAGAGCCCCGGAGUGCCUGCUCACUGACGGGUAUUACAGCCUUAAGAUGGACAUUUGGAGCGCCGGUUGUGUCUUCUUUGAAAUCAUGAGCUUGAAUCCUCUCUUCCCUGGAACCAACGAGUUGGACCAGAUUGCCAAGAUUCACGAUAUUUUGGGAACACCAGAUCAAAGUCUGCUCCAAAAGUUCAAGCAGUCUAGAGCGAUGCAUUUCAACUUCCCUCCAAAAAAAGGCACUGGCAUCUCACGGUUAAUCCCCAAAUGCCCAGCUCCAGCUCUGUCUCUCCUCUAUCAGAUGCUUGCCUAUGACGCCGAUGAACGAAUCACUGCUGAAACAGCCCUAAGGCACACAUACUUUAGGGAAAUAAGGAUGGCAGAUAAGAAGGCCGAGAGUCUUCACAGAGUUUCUGGGACUAUGGAUGUAAUCGGAAGCUGUGUGACACAAAACUCAGUUGACCAUAUCUGUCGACCAGCUCGAGUUGGGAAACAACUGAGAGGGAGACACACAAGACAAACACCUUUAAUGAGUCACAACAUGAAGCAUGUAGCAGACACCCUCAUCCGACGGAACAUCCCUCAUUAUCCAGCAGAGCUGCCCAAGCUCAAUGUGGUUGUACCGGGACCGCAGAUCUCCUUCCCAGUCUCCACUAUGCCCGCAUUUACCGUCACUCACAGAGGCACACUGCCAACUAUCACAUCCAAAAAGUGCCAGUCACAGUUGGCCAAGCCCCGGGAUGACUCACACCAUGCAGCUUUCAAGACCUACUAUAUGCCACCUCUGGAUAGAAAACAUGGAGGCUGCUGAGAGCCAAAAAACAGGAAGUAUUACAUUAAAAAAAAAAAAAAAAAAAGCCUUUUAAUACUGGCUAGACCUGUACUGAAAUGGAUAACUUGAGAAGACACGUCUGUAAAACAUCACAACUGUGCUUGAGACGCGAGUCACAGAAGACCAUAAAACCUGUUAUCUCAACACUUAUAACUACUACCCCAAACUGACAACUGAAAUUCAUAAACGGCAUAUUCUUUAAUUAGAUUAAGAGCAUGGAGGUUUAGUUUUACUUGACUUUGUCAGGUUUUAUUUGUUUAUGACUCUUAAAAAUUGAACACACUGUACAGUGGGAACUUCUUGUAAAGCAAUACGACACCUGCAAAAAGCAGCCACACCACUUGGGCUUGAGUUUUAUUAUUGUACAACUUUGAAUCAAAUGAUUAAGCCAAUUUUAACAUUGCCCCAGAUGUGCACACAGAUGUCUUCAAUUUGCUACCCUGCUCUGACCUCCCAGCUAUUUUUACAAAAACCACUUUUAGAAGUUUAAACGUUACUUGAAUGAGACUGAGACUGCCUCUAUAUAAUUAUAGUUUGACUUCACUGUAAUACUCUGGAAGUUUCGACAGCUGGGUGGGUUUUUUUUAAAGGGACAUUUCAAACAAAUGUCCACUAACUUUGUUGACUCAUAUUUUCCCAGAAGCUGACAAAGAUUUUUGAGGAAAACCUGAGAUCAGGGAAUCCCCCCCCCCCCAGUAAGAUAGGAGAGGUCCAGUUGGAGAGUGCGCUACCUUACCUGGAAAUCUUCACAUUCCACACAGUAGCUUUGAUUAAUCUGCUGGGAUUCAAAGUUGUAAAAAAUAAUAAAUGUGAAAACAUUCAGAGGUGGCGUUAAUUUUUUUUUUUUAGAUUUCUAGAGAUGUGAUGGAAGUCCUUGAAAUAAACAAUUUUUUAAAAAGCCCAGUCUUCCUGUACAAAUGUCAAGAACCAGAACUUAAACAGCCCUCAGCAUCAGUGUUGUGUUUGGAAACAGAUUUUGCACAGUUAUGCUUAAAAACUGACUGCAGAUUGGGUUUAAAAAGGAUAUUUGAAUGUUUGUUGGAUGCAAAAAUGUAGCUUGGCCAGUACCUCCAUACCCCUUCACUCGAGGGACUGUUGCUUUUCAUUUCUUUCAGAGCUGUGAGCUCUUUAAACCAGACUGUGACUCAGUCUGCACAUCAUUGUGAAACAUUACUGGAGUAAAAAGAAAAACUCAUCAAGCACCAUUUGUAUAAUGUUGUCAUUAACCUCUGCUCAAAGCUGGCAUAUUAUCAACAAACUCCUGAUGUGCUGACAGAAUAAACUGAUGAGAAAGUGGGUAAUCUAAGCUCCAUCAGCUUUCCAUCUAAUGCAGGGGUCACUUAUGGCAUUAUUAUCAGUGCAUUAAAAAUGCAUAACUGUCAAAU